AUGUCAUUUCGCCGAAAUAGUUUCGGCAAUCUCUCAUCAAGUGUCAAUAGACAAGAAAAAUCUCAAAUGUAUGCAAAUGAUCCUAAUAUUGACUUAGUAACACAAAAUGAUGUGUUACAAAGUAUUUUACCAGAAUUUAUAAAAAUCGUUCGAAAAUUAUUACCACAAGAACUUCCAUUUAAUAUGUAUGUUCAUAAUGUUGAAUAUACAGAAGGUGGAUGUAAACGUUUAGUUGGAACUUUAUAUAUGACAAAUUUUCGACUUGUAUUUGCACCAGAUGACGAAGCUGACGAGAAUCAUUUAGAUUUUCGAAAUAUAACAUUUACAAAAUGUUCAGUUACAAAAUCAAAUACAACUGGCAUUAAACAACAACAAUUUUCAGUAACAAAAAUGGAAAAAUAUAUCGAUGCAUUAAAAUUUCAUAGCCGUUUUCAACAUAAAGAACAAUUAUAUUUAUUUAUUGCAUUACAACAAAAUUCUACAAAAAAAUUAUCUCCAAAAAAUAAUCAUAAUUAUACAUUAUCAACAAUGACAAGUCCACCAUUAUUUGAUCUUGAUCUAGCAGAUUAUAGUUUGAUUAAUGAUGAACAUAUAAAAAGUUAUAUGACUUUUAAUGAUUGGAGAGAUGAAUUAUAUGAAGCAAAUGAACAACAAUGGAUUGUUGAUCAAAAGAAAUUUAAUCAACAAUCUAUUAUAAAAAGUGAAGGUCCUUAUGUUCGUUUGAUACAUAGUAAAGAUAAUGAUGGCUAUGGGGAUUUGAUUUGGCAUUGGACACAUACAUCUCUAGUUGAAAAUAAUAGUUACAAUAGAAGACAAAUGCAAGCCCAAAAAUAUAUGCUUAUUACUGUUCCAGGAAUCGGCGAAACCACGAGUGGUGGAGAACCGGAAUCAUCAGUGAGUACACCAUCUUAUAUAUCAUCAUCACCAUUUCGUUUUUUUAAAAUAAAAAAAAAUUUAUGGAAACCUUUACGUCGAAAUACUAUUGAUGUUUCAAAAUCGGUAUGUACAAAUGAAACUAAAACAACACCUAGCGACUCAACUGGUUUGUCGCAAAUACCGCCCGAUGAUGGAAAAGAAGAUAACAUAACAUUUCUUUUUAGUUUACGUCGUGUUACAACGGAUACAAAUUUAGUUCCUGUAUCGGAUUAUGUAUAUGACCAACCAUUUCAACGUUAUAAUGUAUCAAAAUUUCCAUGUACUUUAAAACGUUUACAAACAAGUUAUGAAAAAUUAAUUGAAAUAUGUGCAAUAGCACCUGAUGAUGAUGAUGAGAAAUGGUUGACUAAAUUAAAUACAUCCAAAUGGCUUAAAUUUGUUUCAAAAACUUUACGUGGUGCUGCAUCGUUAGCUAAAUUACUUGAUUUUACAAAUAUAGAAUUAGUUGGAAGUGAUACAGAUAAUAGUUGUUUAAUGUCAUCAUUAAUACAAAUUUUACUUCGACCAAAAUGUCGUACAAUAAAAGGUUUUUGUGAAUUAAUUGUUCGUGAAUGGCUUAUUCGUGGUCAUAAAUUUCUUGAACGUUGUGGACAAAUACUCUAUGAUAUAAAUGGAAAUCCAGUACAAGAAGCACCAGUUUUUCUUCUUUUUCUUGAUUGUGUUCAUCAAUUAAUUAUUCAAAAUCCAUUUUCAUUUGAAUUUACUGAUUAUCUUUUACUUGAAUUUUAUCGUAAUGUUUGUUAUUGUUAUCAUCAUACAUUUAUUUUUAAUGAUAUUCUUGAACGUCUUCAUAUGAUAUAUAAUUGUCCAAAAAAUAUUUUUGUCUUAUCAUCAUUUGAUUUUUCACAAUAUCUUCAUCCUGAAAUAUGUCGUUUAUUAAAGAAUGAUGCAUCAAUAUUUAAUUUACAAGCAUCGUCAUCAUCUUCGAAUAAGACAAUAAAACCUCGAAUUGAAGCAACAGUUAUUUAUCCAACAUCAGCAUCACCUCGAUGUUCAAAUCGAAAUGUUUAUUAUUUGGAAACACCAACAACAAGAAGAUAUACACUUGAUAUUCCAAUAACAAAUGCACCAAUUAUAUUAAAUGCUGAACAAUAUGAAUAUGAUAAUAUUGAAUCACCUCAAAUAUUUCCAGAUGAUCUCUAUGUUGAUUGGCGUACAUUUAAUUUAGUUUUAUGGUCAAAAUGUUAUUGUCGUUAUGAUCAAAAUUCUAUGCCAACAUUAUUAGAACGACAAUUAUCAUUAGAAAUAAAUUGUCUAAAAGAAGAUAUAGAAAAUAUAUGUACACAAUCAAGACAACAAAUAUUGUUAGAUACAUUUCAACAUGUAUAA